CACCGGCGGUUGUCUGCGCCCCCCCCGCCCCCGGGCGCCCUCCGGCUCGGUUUCCCCUGCUGCCCCGCGGUUUGCCCGUUGCAGCCUCCGCCUUCGGGCCGGACUGGUGCUUUUAAUGUUACCGCAGCUGAAAUUGCUCUGAGGAGUUUGUGUGCAGUGUAUGCGGCGUUACUGGGCUGUCUGCGCUGAGAGUUCACUUUAUGAAGAAUGGAUUUCACAGAGGCCUAUUCUGAUAGAUGUUCCACUGUGGGACUUGCAGCUAGAGAAGGAAAUGUGAAAAUGCUAAGGAAACUAAUUAAACAGGGAUACAGUAUUGAUGUUCCAGAUAACAGGGGAUGGAUGCCAAUCCAUGAAGCAGCAGCUUGCAAUUCAAGUGAAUGUCUGAAGUUACUUAUUCAUGCAGCUCCAUCUGAUAACUACGUAAAAUCAGAGACGUUUGAAGGGAUGUGUGCACUGCAUCUUUCUGCAAGCCAUGGGUGCGUGGAAAGUGUCAGCAUUCUUUUGGAAGCUGGAGCUGAUCCUAAUGAAGUUACUACUGAAGCAACCACCCCACUGUUUCUAGCUGUUGAAAAUGGACAUUCAGGCAUUGUAAAGCUGCUGCUCCAAUAUGGAGCAAAUAUUAAUGGACAUCAUUUUUGGUCUGGAUGGAAUUCUUUGCACCAAGCUUCUUUUCAGGGAUACACUGAGAUAAUAAAAAUACUCCUGGAGAAAGGAGCAAACAAGGAAUGUGAGGAUGACUUUGGAAUUACACCUUUGUUUGUUGCUGCUCAGUACGGAAAGCUGGAGAGUUUAAGAAUGCUUGCGUCCUAUGGUGCAAACAUCAACUGUCAAGCCAAGGACAAAGCCACUCCCCUGUUGAUUGCUGCGCAGGAGGGCCAUGCCAAAUGCGUGGAGCUGUUGUUAUCCGAAGGGGCCGAUCCAAAUCUCUACUGUAAUGAGGAAGAAUGGCAGUUGCCUAUUCACGCAGCAGCUGAGAUGGGCCAUAAGAACAUACUGGAGUUGCUCAUACCACUUACUGAUCGGCUCUGUGACAGAGGAAAAGACAAAGUGAGCCCCGUGUACUCGGCGAUUUAUGGCGGUAACAAGGAGUGCUUGGAAGUGUUACUUCAGCAAGGCUACAGCGCAGAUGCUCAAAAGUGCCUCCCCUUUGGCUGCAGAUCACCCAUGUGCAUGGUUUUCCAAAAAGAGUUUUUUGAUUUAAUCGAUAUUCUCCUGAAAUAUGGGAUCACCCUCCUUGGGAUUAAUUUAGGAUAUUGCUUGUACCAUGGGAAGUUUACUUUGUUCCGACGCUUCUUGAAGUUGGGCUGUUGGUUGCCUUCUGCGGACCAGUUGUCGGAGUUUGUGAGUUAUGCAAUUAAAGCACACGAGCAGUACAAGGAAUGGCUGCCUUAUCUACUGCUGGCUGGUUUUAAUCCAUUGAAUUUACUCUGCAAGUUGUGGAUUUAUUCCGUCAGUGAGGAUGCCCUAAAUUUUGUUCUGGAGUUCACGAACUGGAAGAGACUUCCUCCAGCUGUAGAAGGAAACCUUUCAGACUACAAGGAGAGCUCCGCUUGGAUUCCAAAAAGUCAUUUUGCCGUCAUUCCUUCCUUGUCUCAUCUCUGUCGUCUUGAGAUCCGGUCCAUUUUAAAGAGUGAGCAUCUACGGUCUGAACAGUUUAUCCGUGAAUUGCCAUUACCAGCUUGUCUCCAGGACUACCUUCUCUACGUAGAUGUGUUGAGAGUGAAUGCUGUUUCGGCAGUGGUGGAGUCUCUGGAUGGGAGUGAUGAGGGAAUUCCUCCUGCCAGUCAUUCCAGUUCUGAAGAUGCAGAGAAGAGGGAAGCAUGUAAUGCUGGUGCCAGAUGAUGAUACUGCCUGUGCCUGAACUCUGUUGCUGUAGAUUUCAUAAUGGUAAUUAGCCGUCAACCAGAGAAGAGCCACUGUAAAUAGAGAUUUGCAGCAACAGGCCUUUUCAUGCUGUAGUUUUCUAUCAGAUCUAGAAGUUUGUUGCAAGCUGUAUGAUGUGCAUGUUUCGAAAGUCUGUUGUAGACUUUCCAAGUCUGAAAAAGUUUUCUGUUUCUGGAGGGAAAUUUUUAACUCUUAUGGAGUAAAAUUAGCUUGUUCAAUGAACGGAGCUUAUAAAAGGUUGAAAUGUAUUUGGUCAGACACUGUUAAUACUAACAUUUUAUUCCAAGUAGUGCAUAUACCAGAUGAAAUAUCUGAAAGUCAAGGACACCUUAUAGUAGUACUGUUAGGAAUUUAGAUGUUGAGGAGUGAUCUAGGUGAAGCAGAGGUAGGAACUUAAUAUGAAAAAAGGAAGUGUUUGCAGAAGUAACUUUUUUUUUUCCCCCGGUCCUCUGUAUUCAGACCUUGAAGACGUGCAUUCUUUUGUCAUCACUUUCAGUCAUCUUUCGAUGCUUCUUCCUAUGCUGCUUUCAUUGAAACUAUUUCAGGAUAUUCAUUUGAAUAUAAAAAUGAAUAUAGGACUUUAUUGAAGGCACCAUUUAUUGUUCAUCCUCCUAAUGUGAACUCUUGCCACUUAAAAAGAGAUAUGGAUCAGGUUUAUACACAUUUGCCAUAGUAGAAUAUACGAUGUUCGUAUCAGUGUCUGAAUUAACAAAUACUCCAGUGCUAUUUUGCAGUGACUGUACAGAAGAACUUAAGUGCUACAAAAAUAAAAUGCUUUUGAAAGAC